GAUGAUGGGUCUAGUCCAUGUAGUCGCAUCAGCGCACAUCUCACACAUUCACACAGUGGAGCUUCAUAGUCCGGCGAGAUGUGGGGGAUUGUGGAGCUCGUGGCUUGUUUACUUAUGAUGUCCAGUCAUGUGUCAUCUCUGAACAAGAUCUUCGGGGAGGAACAAGUCCGCAUGACAUCAGAGGGAUCCGACUGCCGCUGUAAGUGCAUCAUGCGGCCCUUGACCCGGGACGCGUGCGCUCGCUUGAGGACUGGAAGUGUGCGCGUGGAGGAUUUUUACACGGUGGAGACGGUGAGUUCCGGAGCCGACUGCAAAUGCUCCUGCACGGCUCCGCCAUCCUCUCUCAACCCCUGCGAGAACGAAUGGAAGAUGGAAAAACUCAAGAAACAGGCGCCAGAGCUGCUCAAGUUGCAGUCCAUGGUGGACCUUCUGGAAGGAACUCUCUUCAGUAUGGACCUUCUUAAAGUUCACUCGUACAUCAACAAGGUGGUGUCCCAAAUGAACAACCUGGAGGAGAUGAUAAAGAUGAACCUCACUCGGGAGAAUGACUUUGUGAGAGACAGUGUGGCGACUCUGACCAAUCAGCUACGGCAGUACGAGAACCAUUCUGACAUCAUGAUGAGCAUAAAGAAGGAGCUGUCCAAUCUGGGCCUUCAGCUGCUGCAGAAAGACUCCUCCUCCUCAGGCCCUAAAAGCAAAGCUCAGGACACACUGGGGACAAAUAUCAAAGAUGCUUCAAAGUUUCCAGCAAAGAAACCAGAAAAAGGGAAACCUCCACCAAAGCCAGUGAAGGAAAAGCCCGCCAAGCCAAAGAAAGAGACCACAAAACCAAACAAACCCAGUAAACCAGAGCAAACAGACCUGCCCAAUAAAACCAAACCAUCACAGAACCAGCCAGGACUCAUCCGGGGAAUCACAUAUUACAAAGCCACCAAAACCGAUGAGACGAGCAACCAAAACAGAGGUGAAGAGAAGCCUGAUGAAACAGACACGUUGCUUGAGGUAGAAGUAGAGGAAGAGGAAAGUGCAAUAGCUCCCAUCACCUUAGCAACAGAGACCACCCCAGAAACUGUACCCACAACAAUAACAACAACGACAACAACCGCUCGUCCCACAACAACAACAACCCAGAGGACAACAACACCUAGCAGAACAAUAUACAGAGAGGAACGACCGGCCCCAACGAUAUCACUAGUGCUGGACAACACCAGCAAUAACUCAUACAUCGCAGUUAAAGAGCACAGCUGUGAAGGGACGCUGGCGUCGGUGGAUCCGCCGGUCAAACAGCACAGCUACGGCAGGAACGAGGGCGCAUGGAUGAAGGAUCCCACCGCCAGAGACUCCAAAAUCUACGUCACCAACUAUUACUACGGCAACAACCUCGUAGAGUUCCGGAACUUAGACAACUUUAAACAGGGCCGUUGGAGUAACCUGUUCAAGCUCCCUUAUAACUGGAUCGGAACGGGUCAUGUUGUGUACAGAGGAGGGUUUUACUAUAAUCGUGCCUUCACGAAGAACAUCAUCAAAUACAAUCUCAAGCAACGGUACGUAGCCGCCUGGGCUCAGCUUCACGACGUCGUCUAUGAAGACACCACACCUUGGAAGUGGAAAGGCCACUCUGAUAUCGACUUCGCCGUGGAUGAGAAUGGACUUUGGGUCAUUUACCCGUCUGUUGACGAUGGCUACGGACAGGCCGACGUCAUUGUAGUCAGUAAACUAGAUCCCAAUGACUUGUCGGUCAAAAAGGAGACCACGUGGAGGACGAGACUGAGGCUAAAUUCGUUCGGGAACUGCUUCAUAAUAUGCGGCGUCCUGUACGCAGUGGACAAUUACAAUCAGAGAGAAGGAGAGGUUUCGUACGCGUUCGACACGCUUACAGGGGCCGAGGCGUCUCCGCGUUUACCUUUCAUUAACGAAUACGGGUUCAACACACAAGUCGAUUACAACCCUAAAGAGAAGAUUCUGUACGCCUGGGACAAUGGACACCAGCUCACCUACAACAUCAACUUUGUAGAGCAGGAAACGAAAUGAAAUCAGACUUUAUAAAUGCCAUAUACUCUACACUGCAGCGAAGCAAAAGCCACUUCUUGUGUAUCUGAUCACGACUGCCUCAUUGGUUCCACUGACAAACACCCUCAUGAAACGGUUCAUCACGUCCUAAUGAACUUUAAUGGACAUUUGUUCAAGAAUAUAUAAGGACAAAGGGAUUGCGUAACUUAGAAGUUUAGUAGUUGCGUGCUGCUCUACAGUUCUUGAAUUCACUGCCAGUUUCUCCUUCACAUGAUUCACGUUAACAUUCCCAAUGCACUGAACACCAUGGAGCGAAGCGUCAAGCUAUACUCGUAGUGUUGAGCAUUGUAUCUUUGACCCGUUUUGAAGUGCAACAAAUGGUUACCACACAAUUACACACAGCUUAAAGUCAACCAAUUUCAACUUUGAUCCCCACAUGCCACU